AUUUGACAAGUCAGUUGCUUAAAUUUUAUAAUAAUUAUUUUUAAAUAUAAUAGAUAUUUACCGAAUGAAGUGGAUGUAGUAUUCAUCAUAUUUAUAGUACUGACAGUUCCUUUAAUAAAAUGGGUCUUCUUAGAAAAACAUUGAAUUUGUAUGCCAAGUUAGCUCCAGGUCGGGGUCGUUCCUUACCUCCUUACGAACAUGUUGUUCAAAUCGGUGAUCCGAUAUUACGUAAAGUCUCUGAACCCGUAUCGGUAGACAAAAUUAGAACUGAUGAUAUUCGAAAAAUUAUACAAAAAUUGAUAUAUGUACUUGAUAAAUAUGGUAGUGUAGGAAUGGCUGCGCCCCAGGUAGGAGUGAAUUUAAGGAUAUUUAUUAUGAGACUAACAGCGAAGCAGAUUGCGAAAAUGCCUGUAGAAACUAUAAAACUCAAGAAUAUGACAGUUGUACCUCUUACUGUUUUCGUAAACCCUAAAUUAAAAGUAUUCGAUUAUAACAAAGUUAUACACAGUGAAGGCUGUGAAAGUAUUAGAUCAUUUUCAGCAGAUGUUGCAAGAUAUAAUGAAGUCCAAGUAACAGGAUAUAAUGCAGAUGGGGAAGAAAUAUUGCGUGUGUUUAAAGGUUGGUCAGCAAGAAUAGCCCAACAUGAAAUGGACCAUUUAGAUGGUAAAUUAUACACAGAUAUCAUGGACAGGAAAAGCUUACAUUGUACAUGUUGGGAUGAAGUCAAUUUAUCAAAAGGCAAGAUUGUAAUACCAUACAGUCCAUAGCAAUUUUUAGUGUAAAUAUAUAAUAUAAUUGUUAGUAAAUUAUAAAAAAAUUAUAAUGUUUUUUUUUUGUAAAUAUAUUAGCAUCAUCAUCAUC